AGAACUCGUGUCAUUUCCUCCAACUAAUUACAGGUACAGACGCGACACGUAGGUACACAAAUCCCAGUUUCUUGAAAGAUCAUCUUGCUGACGCUGCUGCGCCUGUGAAGUAAGUUGUGUGUUUGACGUCAAUGUUUGUACACCAUGUUAGGAGACUUAGUGUAACCUCAAGUGAAGGACAUGGUUUUUUUUCUCUUAGUAUUCUAUGUAUCAAGGUCCCCACGAUCAAUUUAUUGAUCAUUUUGGCUCCUAUGCAUGUAGAUGGGAUUUCAAAUGUUUCUGUGCCUGGUGUUGAUGAGGAUAUUUCACUGGUUGGGCUACUUUGUGAGGGUAUCAUGCACUGGGGGCUGGAAGACCUGAGGCAAUAGACAUCCAAAGUAUAUUGUGCAGAAAUAUCUCGUGUGCCUUUAAAUCAUUAAUUUAACAAAGAAACCGUAAUUUUAACGAAAUUACAUUACAAAACUCAAAGUUACCAUUCCCCCCCCACCCACCCUUGUCAGUACUGACAUCUUUUAACAUCCAUACAGUACCAGCCAUAUCAUGUGGAAUGUCGUUAUUCUCUGGGUCGGCUGUGUGGUCAGCCUUUCGUACGGCCACAUGUGCUUGGUGACGCCACCCCAGAGGGGGCCAUCGAAUGACAUAAACGCCGUCGGUGAGUGUUUAACGCCGUGGCCUUAAAUCAGGGUGUGAUUUUUAUAAAGCAUUGUUAUAGUGGACUAUACCGUCGGGAGAGACAACCGGGGCGAGCGACGCACAUGCGCAGGGCCUGUGAAGAGUGUGUGUGUGUCCAGUGUGUUACGGAGACGGGCAUUGGAGUGAACUCAUUUGAUAACUUACUAUAUCUAUAUGUUAUUGCUUUAUUGUUUGAAAUAAAAAACAUAUAAAAAGAUAAUAAACAUCUUACCUCCUAGGUUCUAAAUCCGGGAUCUAAUGGGUCACGUGUGUUGAAUUUUAAGUGACUUGCGAUAUUAAAGCGCCAUGUUCAUUUUUUUUUCUUUCAAAAGCCUGUAGGUGAAAUCCUCAAUGCAAAUAUCGAAACAAACUUUUACUUGGUAGAGGUUUAUAAUACACUAUCGCCUUAAAAUUGUUCUUGCCUUCGUCUGAGAUUUCGUCCUUUACCAACAGGCGCGAGUGAUUGCUAUCUUAAGACCGGACCGUGCGGGGGAAGAACUCAAAACUUGACCUCAGGGACAGCUCUUGUGUGAGUGGAAGCAUUUCUUGUAGCUUUAGUUUGAUUGGAACGGAGGAUUUGGGAAAUAAGCGAUCAUUUUUUAAUCACUAUCGUCAUUAGAUGCUUUUGGAGACUAACUCAUUUUUGACAUUACUUGAUUGCUACAUAGACCUUAAGGUAACUCAUUUAUGAAAUUAUUUGGUUGCUAGAUAGACCUUAAAGUAACUCAUUCAAACUGCACGGCUUUUAAAUAUUACUCAGGAAACUAUCGAUACCUCCGGGUGCAUAAUAUCAUAAAUCACUUUGAUGCCAUUCAUUUCAGAGCAGGCAAACAGUUUGUUGUGACUAUUCAAAAGAAUCUGGACCACUUUAACGCUGCAAGGCCAGUAAGUCUCAAUUCAGUUCCGUCAUUCGAGAUGGCCUUUUUUCCUACUAUAUAUCAUCUUCAUGUACAGCUAGACAAUAACAGUUACUAAUUGUCUGAAACUUCGAAACUAACCAAUACAAUUGUGCGUCUGUGUUCAAACCCAUUUUAAGUUUUGGAACGGUCAAAAUGGCGUCUUGAGAAUUUGGGGAGUUUGUUUUGAACAGAAGAGGCAAAACGUGUGAUUCUUAAACGGAAUCCUCUUGUUAGAGAAUAGAUGAUAAUUUUAUGAGGGAAGUAUAAACAAUAAAUUAAAUCAAAAUGGUUUUGCGAUUAAAGGGUUUCAUUGUUAGACUGUCAGGGUUUCGUUGUUAGACUAUCAGGGUUUCAAUGUUAGACUGUUAGGGUUUCAUUGUUACACUGUAAGGGUUUCAUUGUAAGACUGUUAAGGUUUCAUUGUUAGACUAUUAGGGUUUCAUUGUUAGACUGUAAGCGUUUCGGUGUUGGGCUGUCAGGGUUUCACUAUUAGACUGUUAGGGUUUCAUUGUUAGACUGUUAAGGUUUCUUUGUUAGACCAUUAGGGUUUCAUUGUUAGACUAUUAGGGUUUCGUUGUUAGACUGUCAUCGUUCGUUGUUAUACUGUCAGGGUUUCAUUGUUAGACUGUCAUCGUUCGUUGUUAUACUGUCAGGGUUUAGUUGUUAGACUGUCAAGCUUUCGUUGGUGGGCUGUCAGGGUUUUGCAUCCGCAUAACUUACCAACAAAUUAACACAUUCAUUACCAACAAUGACACAUACAAGACAUAUAUCAAUCCUAGUAAACCCGUGCACAUAUCAACACAUUCUGAAACAGAUACCAAUAAACGCAUACAUUUACCAACAUAAAGCACAACUCUUCGUACAAACGUCCACAAACGAAAAGGGGAAAGAAAAUCUAUCUCAUCUAAAUAAAUGUUACAUCCUUUACACAUUAAAAGGAUAAUUAGCUACAACUCCUCUGAUUUGAUAAAGAGUUACAACCAUAAACAUGGACUGGAUGGGAGAAUGUUGUGUGUGUGUUUACUCUUGCAGGGCUAUUUCGCUGUUUCCAUCGGUGCCGACGAGGCGUCGCUAAAAGAGAUUCACAGAAUCGCUGACACGGCUGAACCCUCAUUGGCUCUCUACUCAGAUGACGUCACAGUUCCCUAAACGUGAGUUGCCCCGUUUUAAAGAUGACCUUGCCUCCCAAAGCAACAGAUAUUGUGUUGCACCACUGGCUCAUUUCAGAGAGCCUUAGUUUGCCUGAUAGAGACCGAACAAAUCUACGUUCGAGUUUUAAUUAAAACACACAUUAUAAAUUUUAAAAAAUUUUUUUUGGUGACGGGAGUGAAAAAAUAAAAAAAACCCAAAGAAAACGUUUGAAGUAAGUUCAAAACCAACAAACUUUUGGUUACUCUCUCUCUCUCUCUCUCUCUCUCUCUCUCUCUCUCUCUCUCUCUCUCUCUCUCUCUCUCUCUCUCUCUCUCUCUCUCUCUCUCUCUCUCUCUCUCUCUCUCUCUCUCUCUCCCUUCAUGCGUCGGUGGGCUUUGCUAAUGUCGGUGGACUUUGUUAUUGUCGGUGGACUUUGUUAUUGCGGGUGGACUUUGUUAUUGUGGGUGGCCUUUAUUAUUUUGGAUGUAUUUUGUUAUUUUGGGUGGAUUUUGUUAUUGUGGGUGGCGUUAUUUAUACUGAGUGUGCUUUGUUAGUGUUGGUGGGCUUUUCCAGAGCACAUUCCUCCAGCUUCCCAAGCACUCCAAAUAUCUGAAAUACUUUAAACAGUUAUUUUUUUGGAGAAAUUUUAGUGAUUUCUUUCCCCUAUCUGAUAUGGCGAAUGUCUCCUACAUCUUUUCCUCGGGGUCAUUUUGCCCGAAUACAAUAGAAUUUUAAUUAUUAAUUGAUACAGAUUUAUUUUUUUAAUUUUUUUGUUAGUUAACAACCACUGCAUUAGAAAAUGUACCGACGCUAAUCAAACACUGAUCAUUUAUAUUAAUCGUCUGAAAAUGGGGAACACCCCAUGAAAACAAAAUACCUGCGCACUAACUCAGUGCGCACUAAAUCCUUGCGCACUAAACACUGUUUUUAAAUGUUCUUUCAGCGAUGGAAUUCAUUUAAAUGUGUCCUUAAGUCUGAUGUUAUGUUGCCCUGUGUCUAUUCGUUUAAUGUCACGUUUGGCUGUGUCCAUUAGUCAGAUGUCAUAUUGGUCUGUGUCCAUUGGUCAGAUGUCAUGUUGGCCUGUGUCCAUUAGUCGUCAUGUUUGCUUGUGUUCAUUAGUCAAAUGUCCUGUUUGCCUGUGUCAAUUGGUCAGAUGGCAUGUUGGCCUGUGUCCAUUGGUCAGAUGUCAUGUUGGCCUGUGUCCUUUGGUCUGAUGUCAUGUUGGCCUGUGUCCAUUGGUCUGAUGUCAUGUUGGCCUGUCUCCAUUGGUUUGAUGUCAUGUUGGCCUGUAUCCAUUGGGCUGAUGUCAUGUUGGCCUGUGUGCUUAAGUCUUAUGUCAUGGUAGCAGUGUAACUGUCUUUAUGUAAAAAAAAAAACUAUGGACUGAAUACAACUAUUAUUUUCUCUACCUGUUUGUACAUUCCAGGACUGGCCAGAUGGUACUACAGAUCACGUAUGUGACCAACAACAACCCUCCAUUGUUCUUUCAAUGCAGCGAUGUUCUCAUAGUGCCAGCACGAGACCUGAUCCCUGUUGGUUAGCAACACUAUUGGUGGAACAACAAAUCACGUGACAGUGUCAUCUGAUAUAUUAUGUCACAAUGUCAUCUGAUAUAGUAUGUCACAAUGUCAUCUGAUAUAGUAUGUGCCAAUGUCGUCAGAUGUAUUAUGUGCCAAUGUUUACUGAUCUAUUAUGUGCCAAUGUCAUUUGAUAUGUUAUGUCACAAUGUCGUCUGAUAUAUUAUGUCACAAUGUCAUCUGAUAUAGUAUGUGCCAAUGUCGUCAGAUGUAUUAUGUGCCAAUG